AUGAAUUAUCACGAUGCGAAAACGUUACGAUAUCGUCUGGAUGCAGGUGAUUCAGCUGCAUUUCAUAAAUCAAUUUUUAAAUCCGUCUCUCUCCCCGAAAGGCGAAAGUGUCGUCGAGGCAGGAUGACUUUUUAUAAUACGCGUUCUGGUGCGUUCAAGCCUGCAGCUGCAGCACCAUGUGAUAUUUUAAUAAUAUGUCUGCAGUUGUGUACAACACUUGGAUUGUAUAAAUCUCUUUUAAAAGAAAUUCACUACGGCGGCGGACAAGACAUGUAUGUGCGUACCGCAGGUCUAUUUUAA